AUGACAAACUUAGAAAACAUCUGUGGCAAGUUUAACUCCUCAAUAGAGAAUAUGAAACUUAUAGUAUGUAACGAACUUCAAAGUAUAGAUACAACAAAAGUUUUAAACUCAGAUGCUUUGAAGAGUCUUAUAACAGACAAAGUUGGAGUUGUUGAAAGAAAGUAUAAAGACCAAAGAGUUUGUGAAAAUGUUGCAAACUUCAUUAUGGUUUCAAACAAUGCUGUUCCGAUGAAGUUAGAAAGUUCUGACAGAAGAUAUGUAGUUGUCAGAACGUCAGAUUCUCAUAUGCAAGAUACAGAAUAUUUUGACGACUUAGCAGAAACUUUGACAUCUGACUUUUACAACCACUUGUUCUCAUAUUUUAUGACAUUAGAUAUUUCAAAGUUCAAUCCAAGACAAAUUCCACAUACCGAAGAGAGACAAACAUUGUUAGAAGCAAACAAGAGUGUAUAUGAACUGUUCAUAGAUGAAACUGACUUUGUGUCAUUAGAUGAAAGGUCAUUGUACGAUUCGUAUAAACAAUAUUGUCAAGAAUAUGGUUAUAUGACAGCGUCUAAACGAACAUUCUUGGCAAAUGUCAAAAGUCUUUUAGACGUACAGAAUGGUGUAUAUACAAAGAAAAAUUUUUAUGAGUAA